GCUGAGGAGCCAGGACCCCGAGGUUCUCCUCUUUGGGAAGAGGGGGCGCGGGGUGAGGCGCAGGAGAGAUUACUCGUGAGAAAUCUGCUGGGUGCCCAGCAGCCGCUGCUGCCCCUUUGAUGUUUUGGUUCUCCGUGCGCAUGCGCCUCACAUUAGAAUUACUGCACUGGGCAGACUAAGUUGGAUCUCCUGUCUUCAGUGAAACCUCAAUAAUCCCAUCAAAAAUAGAACCACUAAAGGGAUGUGGAGAGUAUGGAAAAGGGGCUACUUUGGGAUUUGGUCAUUCGCCUUGAUCAUCGCUGCCGUGUGCGCGCAGAGUGUCAAUGACCCUAGUAACAUGUCGCUGGUUAAAGAGACGGUGGACAGACUGUUGAAAGGCUAUGAUAUUCGUCUGAGACCCGAUUUUGGAGGUCCCCCUGUGGCCGUGGGAAUGAACAUUGACAUUGCCAGUAUUGACAUGGUUUCUGAAGUCAAUAUGGAUUAUACCUUGACAAUGUACUUCCAGCAAGCCUGGAGAGAUAAGAGGCUGUCCUACAAUGUGAUACCUUUAAACUUAACUCUGGACAACAGAGUGGCAGACCAGCUCUGGGUUCCUGACACAUACUUCCUGAAUGAUAAGAAGUCAUUUGUGCAUGGAGUUACUGUCAAAAACCGCAUGAUUCGCCUGCACCCAGAUGGCACGGUCCUUUAUGGCCUCAGAAUCACAACCACAGCUGCCUGCAUGAUGGACCUAAGACGGUAUCCACUGGAUGAACAGAACUGCACAUUGGAAAUAGAAAGCUAUGGAUAUACAACUGAUGACAUCGAGUUUUACUGGCGUGGGGAUGAUAAUGCAGUAACAGGCGUAACAAAGAUUGAACUUCCACAGUUUUCUAUCGUAGAUUACAAACUUAUCACCAAGAAAGUUGUAUUUUCCACAGGGUCCUAUCCUAGACUUUCCCUCAGCUUUAAACUUAAGAGAAACAUUGGCUACUUUAUCCUACAAACAUACAUGCCUUCCAUCCUGAUAACCAUCCUCUCCUGGGUUUCCUUCUGGAUUAAUUAUGAUGCUUCAGCUGCAAGAGUGGCAUUAGGAAUCACAACUGUCCUCACAAUGACCACAAUCAACACUCACCUUCGGGAAACUCUCCCUAAGAUCCCGUAUGUGAAGGCUAUCGACAUGUACCUGAUGGGGUGCUUCGUCUUUGUUUUCAUGGCUCUUCUGGAAUAUGCUUUGGUCAAUUACAUCUUCUUCGGGAGGGGACCCCAACGGCAAAAGAAGGCAGCUGAGAAGGCUGCUAAUGCCAAUAAUGAAAAGAUGCGCCUGGAUGUCAGCAAGAUUUUUUAUAAAGAUAUUAAACAAAAUGGGACCCAAUAUCGAUCCCUGUGGGACCCUACUGGAAACCUCUCCCCAACUAGACGGACUACCAGUUACGAUUUCUCUCUGUAUACGAUGGAUCCCCAUGAGAAUAUCUUACUGAGCACUCUUGAGAUAAAAAAUGAAAUGGCCACAUCUGAGGCUGUGAUGGGACUUGGAGACCCCAGGAGCACAAUGCUGGCCUAUGAUGCCUCCAGCAUCCAAUAUCGAAAAGCUGGAUUGCCCAGGCAUAGUUUCGGCCGAAAUGCUCUGGAACGACAUGUGGCACAAAAGAAAAGUCGCCUGCGGAGACGUGCCUCCCAGCUGAAAAUCACCAUCCCCGACUUGACUGAUGUGAAUGCCAUAGAUCGGUGGUCCCGCAUAUUCUUCCCAGUCGUUUUUUCCUUCUUCAACAUCGUCUAUUGGCUUUAUUACGUGAACUAAAACAUGGCAUCCCAUGCAAAGCAAGGACUAGAUUCCUCCUCAAACCAGUUGUACAGCCUGAUAUAGGACUUGGAAAACACAUCAAUCCAGGACAAAAGUGAUGCUAAAAUACCUUAGUUGCUGGCCUAUCCUGUGGUCCAUUUCAUACCAUUUGGGUUGCUUCUGCUAAGUAUUGAAUACACUGAGGUCCUUGUGGGUUGCCAGUUAAAAUGCAAAUGAUUUGUAUACCUGCUAGCAAGAUUGAACUUGAUAUUCUGUUUUAUCUGCUUAGUGUGCAGCUUGCUCAGCAACAAAAUAUGUAGAAGAUAUUCUUAAAAGACUAAGCAUUGCUGGUCAUUUCCUCAGAGGAGGCCAAGGCCAGUACUCUUCCCUCCAUUGCUAAGGUUGACAUGAAGUUGAGAUGGCACUGUGCUUAAUGAAACAUUAUCUGCCAUGCCAUGCAAACAUAUUACUUAAAGAUGAUCAGUUCUGUUCUUAUUAAGGUAAUAAUGAUAUCGGUGGAAGAAAUUCCUACUGGACUCUAGAAAAUUCUUAGAUGGGGCAGGAUAGGGGUGUCAAGGCAGACUUGAGGAACCGGUUGACCAGUCUCUGCUUGAACACAAAUAAUCAGCUAUUCAUUCUAAAACUUAGAAAUGGAGUGGCUUUGAACAUUAUGCUAUAUGGUGACCAAAUAAAUUUUUGAGAAGCAAUUAUUUUCCAGUUGGUUAAAAAAGAGUUAACAAUGCAAAGCAAAGUAGAAAAUCCAGAAGUGAUUAUUAUAGCAAGACCCUUAUCAGCUCCACACCCCUGAUCUAUAACACAUUCUGUCCUGUAGCAGAGUAUAAAAAGAGAGGACUAUUUUUCCAGCCUCACAAGCUUUUGGCCAAAUACCCAGAGAGGUUUGUGUAGUGUUUUUAGUC